GCUUCACUUACACGGCCCCCAGCUCGGUGAAUGCUGCCGCUGCUUGUGGCAAUGGUGGGGCUGCCCGCCAGGCGGAAAAAAAGUUUCUUGGGGGCGGCAGAAAAAAAAAGCGAGGUUGACGCCGAUUUUGACAAACCACCACACAACGGACCAAUCGCCACACGACCAUCAUCCGCUGGGUUCGUGAAUCAUGGUCGCAACUCCGAAAUCGAAUAGCGGCCGAUCGCCCAAGGUUGUGAAAUCUGGCAAGACGGACCUGAGGCUGCAGAAGAGGAAGCGAGACCAUGACGACCUCGCCAGCUUGGAAGAGGCCAUCAAAGAGCUAGAUCCCAAAUCCGGAACAAUCAAGAACUUUGCCGACCUUCCCCUAUCGAAAGCGACCGCCAAGGGCCUCCAAGCUUCACACUUCCAGACCUUGACCGAAAUCCAAGGACAAGCGAUUCCUCUGGCCCUCAAGGGCAGCGAUAUCCUCGGCGCGGCAAAGACUGGUAGCGGUAAAACACUGGCCUUUUUGGUCCCGGUGCUGGAGAAGCUGCAUCGCGCGCAAUGGACCGAGUACGACGGUCUCGGUGCGCUCAUCAUCUCGCCCACCCGCGAACUGGCUGUCCAGAUCUUUGAGGUGCUCCGCAAAAUCGGCCGAUACCACCAGUUCUCAGCGGGUCUCGUUAUUGGUGGUAAGAGCUUGAAGGAGGAAGCGGAUCGUCUGUCGCGCAUGAACAUUCUCGUCUGUACGCCAGGUCGCAUGCUCCAGCACUUGGAUCAGACAGCCGGCUUCGACGCCAAUAACUUGCAGAUGCUUGUCCUGGACGAGGCCGAUCGUAUCAUGGACAUGGGCUUCCAAAAGGCUGUGGAUGCGCUGGUGGAGCAUUUGCCCAAGGAGAGACAGACAUUCAUGUUCAGUGCGACGCAGAGCAAAAAGGUUUCGGACCUGGGUCGACUGAGCCUCAAGGACCCCGAGUACGUCUCUGUUCAUGAGUCGGCUGAUUCAGCUACGCCUACAAAUCUCCAGCAGCAUUACGUUGUCACCUCGCUUCCGGAGAAACUCGACACUCUUUACGGAUUCAUCAAGUCGGCGCUCAAGAGCAAGAUUAUUGUCUUCUUGAGCUCGGGAAAGCAGGUGCGCUUCGUGUACGAGAGUUUCAGACAUUUACAGCCCGGCAUUCCGCUGCUGCAUCUCCAUGGUCGACAGAAGCAGCUUGCUCGACUCGAAAUUACGAACCGAUUCACCGCCGCCAAGCACUCGUGUCUGUUUGCUACCGACGUGGUUGCCAGAGGUAUCGAUUUCCCGGCUGUCGACUGGGUUAUCCAGGUGGAUUGCCCCGAGGACAUCGACACAUAUAUCCACCGUGUAGGCAGAACAGCUAGAUUCGAAAGCAACGGUCGCGCCGUCCUGUUCCUCGAGCCUAGCGAAGAGCCUGGGAUGGCCAAGAAGCUCGAGCAACGCAAAAUUCCCAUCCAGAAAAUUCACAUCAAGGAGAAGAAGAAGAAGAGCAUCAAGAACGAUCUGCAGAACAUGUGUUUCCAAAAUCCCGAUUUGAAAUACCUCGGCCAGAAAGCGUUUAUCAGUUACACACGAUCGAUCCAUUUACAGAGAGAAAAGGGAAUCUUUGACCUGAAGAAGUUGGAUCUGGAUGCGUAUGCUUCUAGUCUUGGUUUGCCGGGAACACCACAAAUCAAGUUCCAAAAGGGCGAGGAUAUCAAGAAGGUCAAGAAUGCGUCGAGACAGGGCAUGUCCAGUGACUCUGAAUCAGAUGUGGACCUGGACGGCCCCAAGAAGGGGCGCAAGAAGAAUGAAGUGCGCACGAAAUACGACAAGAUGUUUGAGCGCACUAACCAGGACGUUUUGUCUUCGCAUUACUCCAAGUUGGUGGUGGACGGCAAGGAUGGCGACGAUGACAGCGAUGACGAUUUCUUGUCAGUCAAGAGACGCCUGAAUGAUGAGGACGUGGACGAGGAGCUUCGCAAGGCCGACCCCAACGCGCCCAAGGUCAUCAUGGGUCUCGGUGGUGAUGAGCCAUAUGUUAUCGACUCGAAGCGCCGCGAAAAGGCGCUGUCGUCGAAGAAGAAGAUGCUCAAGUUCAUGGGUGCGCCUACCAAGCUUGUCUUUGACGACGAAGGCGACUCGCACGCUGUGUACGAAAUGCAAGAUGCUGACGACUUCAACGAGCAAGGUCCUGCUGAUGAGCAGCGCCAGAAGUUUGUUGAAAGCGAAUCCGCUCGUGUCCGUGAGGCCGAUGUGGAGGACAAGGCCCUUCAGAAGCAGAAGAAGAGAGAUAAGAAGCAGAAGCGCAAGGAGCGUGAUGCUAUGGAGAGACAAGGCAUUGAUCCUGACGACGGACCUCAAUUGGCGGGUGGCUAUGAAGAUGACGAAGAUCCACUGGCUCUCCUCAGAUCACUACCACUGGCGGAGGAUGGCCGCUCCGACAACAGCGAUGGCGAGGAUGAGCCGCCCAAGAAGAAGGCCAAGAAGUGGUUCGAAGAAGCUGCAGAGGAACAAAUUAAGAAGAAGAAGAGCAAGAAGAAGAGCAAGGUCUUUGAGGUGGAGGAUGAGCCCGAGACGCUUGAGGAUUUGGAAGCACUCGCUGCUGGCCUGUUGGAUGCCUAAAUGGCAUGAUUGUACAUAUAAAAGCAUACUCAGAGGAUAUAUCCAGGCGUUUAAUUUGACAAAAUUCAGAGAUAAAAU